AUGAGACUACUAUAAAAAUUAGUUAACGAUUCAAUAUCAAAUGGGUCAAACAAAAAAAUGGCAAUCCCAGUAAGGCCAUUGCUCCUUCAACUCUUCCUCCUCACCCUGCUCUUAAUCUCAAUCCAUCAAUCACACCCAGCCAUUGCAUCCACAACCCAUCUCCCACUUUCCAAAUAUCCUCACUCACUAUCAGUCACUGACUUCGGAGCCAUUGGUGACGGACUCCACUAUGACACAGUCGCCAUCCAAUCCGCCAUCAAAGCCUGCCCCACCUCCCACCACACCCAAUGCCACGUCACCUUCCCUCCCGGAACCUACCUCACCAAAACCCUGUUCCUCAAAUCCGGCGUCGUAUUGGACAUCAAAGAAAAUGCAACAUUGUUGGGUAGUACAAAAAUGGAGGACUACCCAAAAGAAUCGCGGGAAUGGUACGUGGUGGUGGCGGAGAACGCGAGUGAUGUGGGGAUCACCGGCGGAGGCGUGGUGGAUGGACAUGGUUUGGGUUUUGUGAAGAGGUUUGAUGUGAGGAAGAAUGUGAUGGUGAGUUGGAACACCACCGGAGCUUGUUUAGGAGAUGAGUGUAGACCCAGGCUUGUUGGUUUCAUUGAUUGUAAGAAUGUUAGGGUUUGGAAUAUCACACUCACAGAGCCUGCUUAUUGGUGCUUGCACAUAGUACGGUGUGAAAACACAUCAAUUCAUGAUGUUUCGAUUUAUGGAAACUUCAACACACCUAACAAUGAUGGGAUUGAUAUUGAGGAUUCAAAUAAUACAGUCAUUACAAGGUGUCACAUUGAUACAGGAGAUGAUGCUAUUUGUCCAAAGACAUACACUGGCCCCCUUUAUAACUUGAUUGUGACAAACUGUUGGAUUCGAACAAAAUCUUCAGCAAUCAAACUUGGUAGUGCUAGUUCAUUUGAUUUCAAGGGUCUAAUUUUUGACAAUAUCACAAUUGUACAGUCUCAUAGAGGGCUGGGAUUUCAAAUACGUGAUGGAGGAAAUGUAAGUGACGUUACCUUCUCAAACAUAAACAUAAGCACAAGAUACUAUGAUCCUUCAUGGUGGGGAAGAGCGGAGCCUAUAUAUGUGACAACAUGCCCAAGAGACUCUAGUGCAAAGGAGGGUUCAAUCUCAAAUGUAGUUUUUAUUAACAUCACUGCAAAUUCUGAAAAUGGUGUAUUCUUAUCAGGUUCUAAACAUGGGUUACUAAACAAUUUGAGAUUCAUAAAUGUGAACCUGACUUAUAGAAGAUGGACAAAUUAUUCUGGUGGAUUGAUAGAUUACAGACCAGGAUGUCAGGGACUUGUUAAUCACAGCAUUGCUGGGAUCAUCAUGGAACACAUUGAAGGUUUGGAGGUUGAAAAUGUUGACAUGAGAUGGUCUAAUCACCAAUCAGGACGCUGGAACAAUCCUCUUGAUUUCAAGCCUUCAACUGUAAAUAAUAUUUCUUUGUUUAAUUUUCGUUCAAGUUUGUACUAAAAACUAGUUGCUAACCCGUGCAAUGCACGGUGUUAUUUAUCAUAAAUGUGUAAAAUUUAUAUUGAUUUUGAUGUCAAAGUAAAAAAUAAUAUUAUUAUUCUCUUAAUAA